AUGAAAGCUUGCUUACUCGAUGGGCUGGAUGGAUACCGAUAUCUGGGGGUUCUUGAAGAUAAAAAUAGCAACGUUCUAAAAAAUAAAGUUAUGGAGAAAAUUUAUGAAGAAGCAUCGAAGAAGAUGACCCAAACUGAAUCAAGCUCUGUAGUUUUAUGCCUUGCUCAGUGGUCGAAAGCGGUGUUCGAUAUGAAUAGGUCAAAUGCCAAACAUAAUGGAAUUAAGGACUCUCCGCAAGAGUUUCUGCGAUUUCUCCCAUGCGACCCAAUGCAGGUCUCUCCAAACCGGGCUCUCCCUGCUCUGGCGUUCCAAUCGCCAGCAAUAAAAAUUUUAUAUGACGACAGGGAGUUAUAUGUCUCCAACUCUGAAAUCCGAAUUUUUGGCAACAGUGGUUUUUUGAAUGAUUCCUUAAUAUCGUGUAAGGCUGCGCAUUUUGCCGAAGAGCUACAACUUAGUAACUUUAAAAAUUCUAAUGGAUUUCUGGCAAAAUUCAAAAAGAGACACGGUUUUAGAAUGCUAAAAUUACAUGGAGAGAUGCGAACAGAUAAAGUAGUUGACAUUAAUUCUUUUCGUGAAGAAUUUAAAGAAAUUUCUAAAUCGUAUAAGCCUGAUCUAAUUUAUAAUUUGGAUGAAACUGCAUUAUACUACAAGCUUAUUCCAUCGAAAAGCGUAUGCAGAAACCGAUUCCAAGGAUACAAAAAUUUUAAAGACCGUGUGUCUAUUAUGCUUUGUUCAAACAUGACCGGAAGUCAUAAAUUGAAACCUGUGAUGAUUGGAAAACCAAAAAUGCCUAGAUGUUUUAAAAAUUUUGACUAUGGAUGUCUUGUCUCAUAUUAUAGCUCACAGAAAGCUUGGAUGACUGGAUCUAUUUUAUUGAUUGGAUUAUUAGCUUUGAUCUCCAGCUUAAAAUUAAAAAGAAGAAAAUUUUAUUGCUAA